CACACACGCACAUCAGCUUAUUCUUAAACUUGAACCACCAACAUCUAUCCACCUCUAUCUGUAUCAUGACUACAGCACAGUGUACACUCGCGAGGGUGCUCGACAUCAAGCAAUGCCCGCCAUUCGACGUCGCGCACGAGAUAUCGGAUUACCCUGAAUUCUACGAUCCGCUGUAUUAUCCCCACUUUUACGUCGAUGUCGACGUUGGCGCUGUGCUGCAGGCCCGGGAGUCGGAUAAUAGAGAUCGAGGUCCGCAGACAUCGUCCACCUUGCAUUCGAAAUCACCGGCUGCUCUGCGUUCAGAGCAACUUGAAGCUAGUGAGGACGACCGGUCGCGACGUGACGCAGAUUCGAGUUGCCGGCCCCAGGCCAUGGGCUCGGGUCGGAAACGACCUUGGGUGUCUGUGGCGAGCGAGUCUUCUGAAUCGAAUGCGCAGUCUGCUAGCAAACGGAGGUGUAGUCCCUACAUGGACCGUGAUAGAGGCGGGUGUGGCGAGCGAAGAUCCAACAAGGAAUGAGCACUGCAGCUGUAGAAACGAAAACGCUUUGGACCUCAAGACAGUUCUACCACUUGAACUUCAAGAUGUACUCUUACUGUUACGGCAUUCGCGGCUACUUCGAGGCAGACGUGACUCUCUCGCUACUUACGUUCUACCUGGACCAUACGCUCCACGAGUUGGAGUUUAGAGUGUGCUGUUGACUUUCGGCCAAUGGAGGGCAAAUGUACGACAUGCACGAAGCCCACUGCAGCCUUACAGCUACUACAGCACCACCCAAUUCAUUUGUUUCCGGUACAAUUUGUCGUCUUUUUGUCUGUAGUAGCACACGCAUACAAAACUUCACCCC